GUGCCGCGCGCGCGUUCGUGAGCGCCAAAAAAUUGAGAACCUUCAACAAAUAAAGACCGAGACAUAAGCAAAGGUGGUUAUCCUUGUCGACAGAAGAAUUGAAAAAAGAAAUAAUGAUGCGACCUCGCUGCCUGGUGUCCUUUUUGGGCCUCUGCCUGGUAAUCAGCCUGGGAAUGCGUUGCGAUGCUAGAGCGGUGAACGUGAGCAACACCUGGACGAUGCCGCAGGAGGGUCUGAACGUCUUCUAUCGCUUCUUCCGCGAUCGCAUAUCCUGGUUCGAAGCCGAUGCCGUCUGUCAAUUUCAUCACGCCAAUCUGGUGACGGUCGACAACAGUUUUCAAUUCGAUGCAACGCGCGACCUGCUGAGGGAAUUGGAUGUGAACGACAUCGUUUGGAUUGGUCUCAUGCGACCGCAGAACUCGGAUCGUUUUAUGUGGUCGAACUCGCGUCCCUUGGUGGCGGAUACUGGUUACUGGGCCGAAUCCCUACCCCUGAUGGAUGCUCCGCUCUGCGCCGUAAUCGAUCCCAUUCGAGAUUACCGCUGGCACGCCCUUCGCUGCGGUGGACCCGAAACGGCCUCCUUCCUCUGCGAAAUGCCAGUUCCCAGCUGGGCGGAUGCUUGCAUACUGAAGGACAUGCCCAAUUUAACCAUGCAGUAUAUGGCGGAUACGGCCAGCAUCGAGCUGAUUCGCAAUUGCCAGGAGGAGGGACUGCUGCGACACACCUGCAAGGGCAAGGAGGAUCGUGAGCGUGCCAUUCGACAGCUAAUCUGUCCCAAGGAGCGUCUGGAGGCGCAGCGCAUCAACGACAUCACAAACUCGCACUUCAAGUCGCUGCAGAUCAUCAACAACAUCCACACUGAUAACAAGGAGAACAACGACAUCGAUCUGCUGCCCAACUAUGGCCGCCGAUCUGGAAUGGCCAUUAACAUCGAGGUGGCGCCACCAGUGCCACCCGUUUCGGUUCCCGGAUUGGGAGAGCUGAUGCAGGCGGAUGCUCCGGGCGCCGUAUCGCUGUCCGGACUGUAUCGCAUACCGGAUCUGGUGCCCAAGCCGGUGAAGAAGGCGGCCAAGAAGGUGAUCACGCCGGACUUUGCCAAGAAGCUGCAGGGUAACCAUCAGCAGCAGCACAACCAACAGCAGCAGCAGCAGCAGCAACAGAAGUCGCGCAAGUCGCUGGUGCAUCAGCACGAGGAGGAGCUGAUGAUGGGCGAUCAGCCGGCACUAAGUGAGGAGCAACUGCCUCCGGGCAUGGGAAUGGGUCUUGGUAUUCGAAUGCCCCUUAACGAGGAUGACAGUAAUAGCGAUGCAUCCAACGAGAUAUUCGAGCAUUUGCCGCACAAGAAGAAGAUCCUGCCGCAGGAUCUGCGCACCAUGGCGCCAAUUCCUGAAGCCAAAUCGCCAGCGAUGACAACAACUACACUGAAGACGACCACUUUGGCGGCACCGGCAACAGCAACAACCACUACACCAACAACAACGACAACGGCGACGGCAGCAACUGAAGUGGUGACCACACCGAAAGCAGUGGACACCACAAGUUCACAGGCGCCGGCAACAACCACGCGGCCAACAACAACGGUUAGAACCACCACGAUUACAACCACCACUACAACAGCAACAACUACGCCCAAAACGGAAGAGACAACAACAACAACGACCAAGAAACCAGAGCCAACAACCAUGGUGGCACCACGAACAACAAAAACAUCAGCAACCGAAGCGGCAGCAGCAGCAGCAGCAACUAGCACAACAACAGCAGCAACUUCCGCUGCAACAACAACAACAACGAGCGCAGCAGCAGCAGCGACAGCAACAACAACUAGCCAUGCCACGCCCACGGACAAGAGCAACAGCAACAACAUGGCACAUCCCAUACAUCCCUCGCAGCAGCAACACCACCAACAACAGAUACUGCACGAAGGCGCCACGGUGCAGCAGCAACAUGCCACGCACGUCAACGAGUCCGCCGACAAUACGCGCUUUAUACCGCCAAUGCUGCUGGUGAAGUCGCACUACGUGCCGCCGGCCAAACAUGCCAGCGAGCAUGCGACCACAACAACACGAGCGACAACAACGUCCAGUACGACAACAGCAGCAGCAGCAACAGCAACUACACCUGCAGCAGCAGCAACAUCGACCAAAGAGGAAGUGCAGCCAUCAACAGUCACGUCAUCGAAGGAACUGACAGCAGCAGCAGCAACAACAUCAGCUGCAGCAGUCGCUGACACUGUGGCAACAUCAACCGUGACAGCGACAACAGGUGCAGCUGUGGAGGUGACAACAAGCGUGAAAGUAGCUGAAGACACCGCAGCAACAUCAGCAGCAACGGUAAUUGCCAGUGAAGCGCCACCAGCAGCCGCAGCAGCAGCAGCAACAACAACAACAACUACUGCUACCAGAGCAGCCGCAGCUAAUGAAAUCAAAUCGAAUGCCACAGCAGCUGCAGCAACAACAACAGCAGCAGCAGCAGCAGCAGCAGCAACAACAGCCAUUCCGAAGCCAGUCAGGGAGUUCAGAUAUCCGCGAGUGAAUCAGGGAUCCUUCAAGGUGGACAACAACGGCAUGGGCAGCCCCGAGGAGGAGGAGGAGGACGAGGAGGGCCAUUUGGAGACCGAGGCGGCCACAACGCGACACAACUUCCUGGAGGAGACCGAGGCGCCAUUCAAGCCAAAUCGACGACGCUCGCUAACCAAACCGGAAACGGUUAGCUAUUUCAAGAAGAUCUUGGGCUAAAGACGCCCGGAGCCGCGUUGCUGCAACCGUAAUCCGCACUAGUAACCGUAAACGUAAACGUAAUCGUGACAGUAACCAACUGUUAAACCAUAAAUAAGAAAAAUGAUGAUGAAGUAAGACGUAAGAAGUACACUCCCUGCACAGCCACGUAAUUGGUCUUCAAAAUCAGAGCAAAUUGAAACAGUUGUUGGCAUUGCCCCGCUGGCCAUUUCCUUCCUUUUAAAAGUCUCCCCAGGAACCCCAGGAACCCCAGGAACCCAGACCCCACAACAUCCCGCAUCCACAUUCCGGCCAAAAGUUUGCGGAGCUACCGCUGCUUCCCAAAGACUUGUGUCUCCGGCAGAAAUGCCGGAAAUCCAAGCGGAAACCCAAAAGAAAACUCAACUCAAGUCGACUCGACUCCAGUUGCAAGUACCGAAAUAUGUCAAUUUUUCACCGGAAAAAAGCAAAAAAGCAAGUAAAUGCAAACAAACAAACACGCACACUCAAAAGCAGAUACAGAUACAGAUACAAAUACAGAUAACAGAUACACUUACAGCCGGGGAAAGUGCAAAGUCUGUCAGGUGGGGAUGAAAAAAAAAAAAAAA